AUGAGCAGACAGCUAUGCAGUGGGCACAGCUACAACACCUUGAAGGAACCCCAAGUUCCUAAACAAAAAACAUGGCAAUGCAAGACCACUGGGGCAAAGACCAAUGCUAACAAACAGGCAUUGGAGACAAAUAGUAAGCAAUUGAUAGUACCUAAAGAGGAGGAACAGCUUACAUUUGGGAUGACUCCUGGGGAAGAAACCCCUGGAGAGAGCAUACACAUUGUAGGCACUGGGAAGUGCCAAGGAGUGGCACUCAUUGGAAACAAUGCAGUCAAGUUAUCCCUGUGUCACAACCUAGAAUGA